CCCCCAUCCUCCGGUCCACACAAAUCUGAGCUUGAGGAGAGGAGGCCUGGCAGGGUGAGCUGCCCAAGCUUACAAAAGGAUAUGAACAGAGCCCGCCCCGAGACCAGCUGCUCCACCCUGAGUACUUGACCAGUGCCCUUCGGGACCAGCCUGCGGAUCACAGCAAGCCCCGGACCUUUGGGGGACCAUAUCCAAGCAGGAUGGUGGUGCUGCUGCUGCUCUCUGUCCUUGUGGGCUUCUCCAGCGUGGCAGAUGGCCAAGGGGUCCACCUUGGCUGGUGUCCUGAGCCCCCUGUCCAGGAGAACUUUGACACCCAUAAGUACCUCGGAAGGUGGUACGAGAUUGAAAAGAUCGCUGUCAGUUUUGAGAAGGGAAGCUGCAUCCAGGCCAAUUAUUCCCUGAAGGAAAACGGGAAGAUCAAAGUGCUCAAUCAGGAGAUCCGGCCUGACGGGAGUGUGAACCAGGUGGAGGGGGAGGCCACCCAGGCCAACAUCACGGAGCCCGCCAAACUGGGAAUCAAGUUUUUCUGGUUGAUGCCCACUGCUCCCUACUGGGUCCUGGCCACGGACUAUGAGAACUAUGCCCUCGUGUACUCCUGCACCACCUUCAUCUGGCUCUUCCACGUGGACUAUGCCUGGAUUCUGGCAAGGCGCCCACACCUCCCACAGGCGGUGGUGAACCAGCUGAGGGGCAUCCUCACUGCCAACGGUAUUGAUAUUGAGAAGAUGAUGCCCACCGACCAGAUGAACUGCCCCGAGUUUCUCUAGCAGGCAGCCUGCCACCCACGUCCCGCCCCCUGCCUGCCUCUUGCUUCGACCCUUGUAGAGAAACCAGCAACAGGGAAGGUGGUGCCUGGAUCUGCACUGGUGGGCCAGGCAGGCCCCCCCCAGAAGAGGAAGCAGUGAUCCGCUGGGGAGGGGGAGGAAGAGUCUUUGGGCCGGAUGGCUUAGAAGCCUGUCCCCACUGCCCCUAGCUAGUCAGGACCGAGUCCUGGCAGCCCUGGCCAACACUGGCCAAGAUCACUAACCUCCCCCAGCACGUAGGCAUCAAACAACUCCAAGAACAGGCAAGAGCCCACCUCCCUGAUCUGCCCAAAGGGGAGAAAAGGGCUGGGUCCACCCUGGGAGUCUCACUAACGACGGCGGCUGAGAAGCCCACGCUCAGCAAGGCUUCACAAUAAAAUGCCCGGGCUCAGCCCUGA